AUGAAAAUAGUGAGUGUAAUGAUUCACAAAUCAUUGUGCCUUUACCCUCCUAUUUGUGUGAUAUCUAAGGAGGCAUUGCAAGAUAUGGAAUUUGGAGCAAUUGUUUUGCCCAAGGUUGUGAAAUCCAAUGAAAAAUUGAGCUCAAGAGAACGUGAGGAUCUAGGAUUUUCAGGACUUGCACUUUGCUCUGAUUGCAAUACUUUUGCUGAGUAUGUUAAAAACCAAGAGUUGGUGUCUGACUGUUGGAAGUGUUGCACAGAGGAUUCUGAUGAUUCCAUGAGCAAGAUUACGGACUCCGGUGCAAUACUAGAGGUUUGCAUGAGGAAAUUGGUUUUCUAUCCUGAAAUUGUUAGUUUCAUUGAAGAAGAGAAGGAUCAAUUUCCUACUGUUAAAGUCCAGUAUCUUUUCAAUUCUCCACCAAAGUUAAUCAUGCUAGAUGAUGAGGGUCAGCAUAAGGAAACCAUUAGAAUUGACAACUGGAAACGGGAACAUGUGCUGCAGUUCUUGAGGGAGAAGGUUAAGCCUGUUUCAGCAUCCUAA